UUCGUCGCUUGUCCGAUUAAAUUUUAUUUUUCUUUAAUGGUUUUCAAAAGGAUUAUCAUAAUUUAUUGUCCAGAAUAAAACCUGUGAAGCCCUUAUAUAUGCUUAAAUAGUAAAAGGUGGUCAGUAAUGAUUUCUAAAAGUUAAUUAAACAUCGGUAAUGGUUUCACUCGCGCUUUUCGGGGUGAGAAAUGGAGAGAAAGCAGUGUAAUUCACUUCAAAACUUUGACGAUCCGAAAACGGAAAUUUUGAAAAAAAGAUUAUUAAAGGCAUCUAGCACUCCCGUGACUAGCAAUCUGGCUCAGGGCAACUCUCAGCAUAAUGUGCUAUUGAACACGUUACGCGCGCCAAUCUCGAGCAGUAUGAUCGUGUCCUCGGUGCAGGCGCCGCAGAGCUCUAUACCGAUCACUCACAAUCUUGUCACCCAUUCUCUUGCUCCCAUGAAAAUACACACCAGCAACUCCCCAUACCCCCUGCAGCUCUCCACUGUACAUGUGCCAGUGCAAAUCCCCGGGUCCACCUCUAACAUUAAUGUGCCGGUCCAGCUGUCGGGUGCCACCAGCAGCAUGCCAUUGCAAUUAGCGCCGGUGAGUCUCCCCCUGCAAGUCUCCACCACCACCAAUGUCCCUGUGCAGUUGCCAGCUGGGGACACCAUCAAUGUCCCUCUGCAGAUUCCUAACGUGAACGAUUCCUAGAACGCUAACCAAAACAUUCAAUUAACAGGCCCCACCCUCCCCUCUAUGCCUUUAUUGCAAAACAGUCAGCCUCUACACAGUUCUAUAAUACAUCUGCUCGGCUCCAAUCCUCGACCUACUAACCUUGACGGUAGCACAGAUAUGACAACAUCUACACAGCUACAACAUCCUGAUUCUGGGCUACAAGUUAAGAUGAACAACCCUACAUCUGUGGCACAGAUGCAAAUCAGUUCCACUUCAACUGUUAUGCAAAUUCCAAACUCAUCAACUAACUCAAUUCACCUGUCACUGCCCAACAAUGGAGGGCCAGGAGGAGUUCAGUUAAGGGGUGCUCCGAGAACAGUGCCUCAUGUAGUGUACAUACAAACCCCAACUGGAUUGAAACCUGUUACAAGCACAGAAGUGAUCAGCCAAGCUAGCACUAGUGGGAACCCACCACAAAUUAUUGUCCGGCGCCCUGUGCCAAAUAAUUCAAAUAUUCAUCUGAUAUCAAACGUUGGUACUAAACCCAACAUUGCACCCAAGAUGCCCGGUCAAAAUAAAUCAUCAAUACUUGCACCAGCUAACACUGCUCAACCUAUUGUGAUUCAGAAACCAAAAACAAAUGACAAGAUGAUCCCAGUUAGCAUAGCACCAGGGAGUCACGGGAAACAAGCUAUAGCAUACUUGAGUUCUGUAAAAAAGCCGAACAAUAAAACCGUGUCGGAGAAUCAAUCCAUCCUCAUAUCCAGCAAUCAAACUAAUGUUAACUCCAAUAAUCAAAAACUGUUUCUGACGCCCAUGAACGUGCCUAAAAUACCAAACACCAAAUUUAUUCUACCUGUGACUCUACCCGCAACUAUGGCGUCCAAGGGUCCAAUAAUAAACCUUCAGAUAGCCAAUGGACAAAUACAGAAUGAUCCCCAAGGAAACAUCACAGUAAUGAGGGACACUCCAGUGGAAACAUCGGAGAUGCCACCAUUGCAGCCACUAGGAAAACUUGGCUCCAUCAAUGGAAAGGAUAAUUGUGUCCCUCACAGCCCUAAUAAAACAGAAAAAACGUUUACUAUUUCAAUACCAGGAUCCAGAGCGGAACCCACGGGAGAGCAGGGCGAGUACACACUGUCAAUACCCGAGACAAAUGCAUCUAUGAAUGAUGAUAUUUACACUGUGUCGAUAGCUGAUGACGAAGGGGGUUUGACAAGAGAGAAAUCCUUCACUUUAGCCAUACCAGAAAAAGGCAAGAGCCUUUUGAACAGAAACUUGCUUGACAGGCACGAUAUGGGGCCCGUAACAAUCGCGGCGCCAGCAAUCUUACGGCGUUCGUAUUCCGAUAAUAGCGAUCGGAAAACCACGAACGCUAACAACAUAAAGCGUCGAAUAUCACUGUGUACAGAGAACUUGUCGGGGCGGAACGUGAAGUUAACUUUGCCACAAGCCAAAGUUGUGAACAAGUCAGAUGAAAAUUUCGAUGCCGACGUCAACGAUGACCAUCGCGUGCCUUCGUUAUUCUGCGACGAAAAACUCGAUAAGGAUCUCGAAGCUAAAGUUAAUCUCGGCGACUCUGACCCUGAGGAUUACAAAGAAAAGGUGGAAGAUAAACCUAAUGACCUGUACUAUCAGAAAAUUGACACUUAUGAAUUUAAAGAUGAAAUAAAGAUCAAGGAGAAUGAUUCUACAUCGGAAGAGGACCCACCAGGUUUGGUGUGGAAUAAUGGUCUAGCGCAACUUCGAGGAAGCACUCUACACUUUCGCACAAACGAAUUCGGCCUGAUCGAUGUCAUCGAAGAACCGCAUCGAGAUGUUACUGGUAAUAAUCCAAACACCAAAUACCAUACUCCUCUUAAACAGAGAAUAGAAGGCUGUAAGGAAAAGAAACCGACAUCUCCAGAAGAUUUGUACCGGUGCGAGGGUUGUGGAUGCCACGGUAUGGCGGCCGAGUUCAUAACACCCAGCUUCUGUAGCUCAACCUGCCAGACCGAAGUUCAGAAGUUACAGCAGAAGAAAAAAGACAGGGAGAGGGUGGAACUGGCUAAGAAGCGGAACAAAAUGAAGAAAUUGCUCAUAAGGAAGCAACUGUCUGACUCUGACUUACUUCUAGACAGCAAAGAUGAUAAGUUGCCAUUAAAGCAUUACGACUCGGCAACUAGCGACACUCAGAUAUCUGAAAUAAUGAAAAUGGGCGAAGAUUUGAUAGAGAACGAGAAGUAUCCGUGGAUGUGCGGGAAGAAUGGUUUCUCCUGGAUGCGCUACUUAGACGUUUGUAAAGCGAAAGCCGCGCCAGUGAAGCUGUUCAAAGAUCCGUUCCCUUAUAACAAGAACGGGUUCAAAGUGGGGAUGCGUAUGGAGGCGAUAGAUCCUCAGCACCCGUCGUUGUUCUGCGUAGUUUCCGUGGCAGAGGUGCAAGGCUACCGGAUGCGGUUGCAUUUCGACGAGUAUCCGGAUAUGUAUGAUUUCUGGGUGAACGCGGACUCGAUCGACAUCUUCCCGGCGGGCUGGUGCGAGAAGAACAGUCGCUCUCUGAAGCCGCCGGUCGGGUACGACUCGGCGACGUUCUCGUGGCCGCUGUACUUGAAACAGAUGCGCGCUGUCACGGCCCCGCGGCACCUCUUCACGCAUAUCACUACCGCUAUGAUGAAGCCCAACGGCUUCCGCAUCAACAUGAAGCUCGAGGCGGAGGACCGCCACAACGACAUGGUGUGCGUGGCCACGGUGGGCGACAUGCUCGACAACCGGCUGCUCAUCACCUUCGACAGCUGGGACGAGGUGUACGACUACUGGGUGGACCCCAGCUCGCCCUACAUCCACCCCGUGGGCUGGGCGGAGGAGAACAACAUCGCGCUCACCCCACCCAACUACUACAAGGACCCGUCGUCGUUCUCAUGGGAGAGCUACCUGUCGGAGACGAUGUCGAGUGCGGCGCCGCCCCGAGCCUUUAAAACACGCCCACCGCUAGGCUUCAAGCCGGGGAUGAAACUGGAAGUCGUUGAUCGGCGGGUGCCCUUCCUGAUAAGGGUGGCGACCAUCAGCGCGGUGAAGGGGCACCAGGUGCGCGUGUCGUUCGACGGCUGGCCCGAGGAGCUGUCGUGCUGGCUGGAGGACGACUCGCCCGACCUGCACCCCGUUGGCUGGUGCCUCAAGACCGGACACCCAUUGGAACCGCCGCUCACGGCGGAGGAGCUCCGUAUAAGCGGUCCGUGCGGCGUAGGCGGCUGUCGCGGACUGGGCUCGGUGCGCGGCGGCUCGCACAAGCAGCACGGCGCCGCGUCCGCGUGCCCGUACCGCUCGCAGCGCCCCGCCUCGCCGCCCGACCGCCUGCAGAGGUCAGGUAAACCUAAAUCAAUAUCAACAAGCACACCUAAUAGUGAUGCCCCCAAGGAAAAGCUACCAAGAGGAAGACCACCCAAACACAAAAGAGUUGAAGAAGUUGCCAAAAAUGACCCUGUAUCGGACGACGAGUCGGUAUCGAGCAGCGGCGGCAAACGCUGGCGUGGCAGCGGCAGCGAGGACCGCGCGCGCUGCAGCUCGCGCCGCGACUCGCCCGCGCGCACGCAGGCGUCGCGACUGUCGCGCCACUCGCCGCCGAGCGCACAGCUGUCGCCCUUGCACUCGCUGCCCGGCCCCACGCUGCCGCGCGCGCUAGUCGCGCGGCACCUGGCUGACCUCGCGCUGCCGUCCGACCCCGACUCAUGGACUCAGAAAGAUGUAGCAGCUUUACUAUCGCGGGUGGCGGGAGCGACGGCCGGCGCCGCUGCGGCGACCGCCCGCGUGUCCGGCGCGGAGCUUCUCAUGGCCUCGUGCGAGGAGCUCGUGCACUGCCUGCGCUUGCGCCUCGGCCCCGCCAUCAAGGUGUACGCGACCGUGCGACACCUGCGCGACACGCUCUCGUGAUCGACGGCCCUGCGCCACGCGCUCUACGUGCUCGUGUGAGCUGUGACAGUGCUUAUGAAUCCUGACUUAGUGUUGUGUUAAAAACGAAAAUCAUCAGUGAAUACUGUGUGGCCUAGUAGAAUAAACAUAUAUAAUAUAGUUUGUUAUAUGUUCAGGCCAUCAAUGUGUACACUGUAACAUCAUGUAAGUAAUGAUGUUACAGUUGUACUGUUGAUAUGAAUUUAUAUUAUAUUUUGUGACUAAAAGAAAGUGCUAUUUAUGCUAUAAUCAUGGGUGGCUAUACGAUUCAAAGUUUACACUGUCUGUCACCUGAAGGACAAACCUUUAUAAUGUGCCCUUCUAUACACAAUCUUCAUGUUAAUGUGAACUGUGCCAAGAAUCUUAAUCCUUUGAUACAGUUUUGUAUAAACUAAAUGAAAUGAAAUCUAGCAUACAAUUAACAACAUAGCCUAAAACUCAUCGGCCAUCAAAGUGUAUAAUGCAUCACCUUAAGUACACAACUUUCAAAGGGGCCAUUUAGUAAAUUAGUAGUAUAUGUUAGUGUGAGCUUUGACAGUGCAUCUACAUCCAAGUCUAUCUCAUCCUAACUAUGUAAAUGUAAACUCACUCAGUCUCAAACACACACAAUACACUAAAUGCUAGUCUGAAUUGAAACUUGCAUCUAGGACCUAUCCUAUGGUAUUGUGUGUAAAUGAAGUUAGUAAUGAAUUUUCUCUUUUCCAAGAACAAUAUGCUUAAACACUGCCAAAACUUUACCGUCAAAGUCAAAGUCAAAAAUAUCUUUAUUCUAGGCCCAUAGGUGGCACU